GUAGCCAUGACUCGAAUCCACUCCCUAAGUUUUAUACCUCGACCUCCUCCUCGAUCCCCCCAUCCCUUCGUUCCCCCACCUGCUCCCCCAAAAUGUGCCCCUGUCAAAACGGUGACAAUGUUGCGACCGACCGUAACGAGAUGGUCUCGGUCGACCUGUCUAACAAGCCCAAGGUCAAUGGCGUUAACGGUGUGAACGGACACACGAACGGUGUCAAUGGUUCUACUGCACCUCAACAACGGCGAAACCCCUACGCACCCCGUGCUUCCGACUUUCUGAACAACGUCUCCAACUUCAAAAUCAUCGAGUCCACUCUACGAGAGGGCGAGCAGUUCGCCAACGCUUUCUUCGACACCAAGACCAAAAUCGCCAUCGCCAAGGCGCUCGAUGCGUUCGGCGUCGAAUACCUCGAGCUCACGUCCCCCGCCGCCUCGGAACAGUCCCGCGCGGACUGCGAAGCCAUCUGCAAGCUCGGGUUAAAGGCCAAGGUCCUCACGCACAUCCGGUGUCACAUGGACGAUGCUCGUAUCGCUGUAGAAACUGGUGUGGACGGCGUGGACGUCGUUAUUGGCACCUCGUCGUUCCUCCGCGAAUUCUCGCACGGCAAGGACAUGGCCUAUAUCACCAAGACCGCCAUCGAGGUCAUCAACUUUGUCAAGAGCAAGGGCAUCGAGGUCCGGUUCUCCACGGAAGAUUCCUUCCGUUCCGACCUCGUCGACCUCCUGUCGAUAUACCAGACCGUAGAUAAGAUCGGCGUCAACCGGGUUGGUAUUGCUGACACCGUUGGCUGUGCAAACCCCAGACAAGUGUAUGAGCUCGUCCGCACACUGCGUGGUGUUGUCGGCUGCGACAUCGAGGUCCACCUUCACAACGAUACUGGCAUGGCCAUCGCGAACGCAUACUGUGCUCUCGAAGCUGGUGCUACCCACAUCGAUACCUCCGUUUUGGGUAUCGGUGAACGCGUCGGUAUCACCCCUCUUGGUGGGCUCGUUGCUUGCCUCUACGCCGCAAACCCUGAAUACGUCAAGUCCAAGUACAACCUCCCUAUGCUCCGUGAGAUCGAGAACUUGGUCGCUGAGGCCGUCGAGGUCAACGUUCCUUUCAUGAACCCUAUCACUGGUUACUGUGCAUUCACGCACAAGGCUGGCAUCCACGCCAAGGCUAUCCUCAACAACCCGAGCACAUACGAGAUCUUGAAGCCCGAGGACUUCGGUCUCACGCGUUACGUUUCCAUUGGCCAUCGGUUGACUGGUUGGAAUGCUGUCAAGUCCCGUGUUGAGCAGCUUGGAUUGAAGCUCACCGAUGAGCAGAUCAAGGAUGCCACUGCCAAAAUCAAGGAGCUUGCUGACGUCCGCACACAAUCAAUGGACGACGUCGACUCGUUACUCCGAAUUUACCACUCAGGCAUCCAGUCAGGAGAGCUCGAGGUUGGCCAGCGUGAGGCUCUUGACCGGCUAUUGAAGAAGCACCGGGAAGAGAGCCGCGCUGAGACGGAGGUGGCUGCAUGGGUGUGAUAUUGAGGACGGGACCUGUUAGUCGAAAAUUAUCCCUUGCGGGACAUCCUGUAUCAUUAUGUGUAAUUUUGGUUGCUGUACUGAAGGGUAGAAGCUAGAUGAAUUGUUUACGAAAGUUGCAUCGGAGAGCAGUUCCAGCCUGCUCAAUAUUGCGGA